AUGGCGACUCCGACGCGUUUGACAUGCCUAUGCAAGCUCGUUUACGAACCCGCUGAUCUGCUUUCAUCGUCGACUCUUCCACUCGAGUGCACCAUCUGCCACUGUGAUACUUGUCGCUACACCACCGGAGGUUUGGGAGUCUCGUGUUUUUCUCUCAAGGGUCGUCCAAGCGACAAGUCCCUGAGCAAUACCACCGCCUACAAGACAUCGGAGAAAUAUACGCGGUUCUUUUGCAAGCAUUGCGGAUGCAAUGUAUUCUUCAGAUCUGAGGAGGAUGGCCAGUGGUUAGCCUUCUCCGGUAUCAUCGAACCCGAUCACAAGCGGGCAGAGGAGGCAAACGAAGGUGAAACCGGCGGCAACGACGAGAACGUCGCAAGAGUCACGUCUCAUAUCUAUGUCGGCGAUGCACAUGAUGGUGGGAUGGCUCCAUUCCUUACCAGACUCGGUGGGAGGAAGGCCCCUUGCUAUGUCGCUGACGCACAGGACGGCGUGGAGCCGCUGGGUGAGACUGAGCUGCAGGAAUUGAGGGGAGUGGGACUCGAUGUAGCAUCCCAUGAGAGAGGCAGCAUGAUGGAUGUGGCAUGUCAUUGCGGCGGUGUUCAGUUACAGGUCGUGCCGCCAGCCUACAACGAAAGCAGCGAAGGAUGGCAUGUUCCCCCAGACCGAAGCAAGUACUAUGCUCGAGUCUGCUGCUGCAGGUCGUGCCGUUUGGCCCUCGGCUUCUCGCUGCAGCCAUGGGCGUACAUCCCACCGGCUCACAUCCUCACCAAGCUUGGAGAGCCCGUCGUCUUCGGGCCCAAAGCCAAAGAAACAGCGCAGCUCGAAAGGCUCAAGCACUACCAGAGCUCAGAGUCUGUGCUGCGGAGCUUUUGCACGACCUGCGGUGCAACAAUCUUUUUUCAAAGCUUCGAGCGGCCGGACAUCAUCAAUGUCAGCGCGGGCGUGGUACGGUCCACGGCCGGGAAUGCACUUGCUAGAGAAUGGCUGCACUGGGAUCGGAGGGCGGUGAGCUAUGGGGGCGAGGCCGUUGACACUGAGCUGGUUGAGGCAUGGCUGGCAGAUUGA